AUGACGAUACCUCCUCAUCCCCGAACAGAAACAGAAGCGACGAAAGAAGAGCAGGACCGGAUAGAAAGCAAGAAAUUACCAAGCAAUCCGACGCCGCUCUCUGCGCCACAGGAACAGCAGGUACGGGAUCUAUAUUACCGGAAUGUGAGGGAGAAGUGUGCCGAUGAAAUUAAAGCAUUCGCAGCCUGCGCCCUCGGCCGCACAAUAACCAUGGUGUGGGCAUGUCGUGCGCAGAAGCUCGCCAUGAAUUCCUGCAUGGUGCAAUAUCAGGGACAAGAAGAACUAGACAAGGCGCGGGCAGAGUGGUUUCAGUUGGCGGGAGAGAGAAAGCGGAUGAGAGAGGAGAAAGAGCGAGAGUUGCAGGAAGCGAGAAGGCUGCACAAGGAGUGGUGGGCGCUGGACGAGAGGGGGAAGCUGCAGGGGAAAAGGGCGGAGGUGGCUGGGGAGAGAGAGGGCAAGCGGUGA